AUGCGUAAUGUUUUGUUGAUCCACAGCUAUGACACGUUCCCGGUCCUCCUGCCGGACCUGUUCGACCGGCCCCUGGAUCAUCUCCGGACCCCUGCUAAAGGAAGUGCCCCGAGUAGCCCCGCCCCUCGCCGAACCAAACAGGAGAUCAAGCUGGCGCAGAAGAAGGCCCAGAAGUACUCCACGGUUCCGGACAUGUGGUCCAAGUGCCUGCUGGGCCACUGCUACGGGCUCUGGUUCAUCUGCCUGCCCACCUUCGUGAAGGCGGAGAGCGCUAAGGUGCGCGCGCUACACGCGGCCUACGAGGUGCUCAAGCACAUGGAGACGCGGAAGGUGGUGCUGCCAGACGAGGUGUGUUACCGGAUCCUGAUGCAGUUGUGUGGUCAGUACGGGCAGCCGGUUCUAGCGGUGCGAGUUCUGCUGGAGAUGAAGAAGGCUGGAGUCACACCCAACACCAUCACUUACGGCUACUACAAUAAGGCAGUGCUAGAGAGCAAGUGGCCAUCCACCAAUCAGGGAGGACGUCUUCGCUGGGCGAAGCUUCGUAACGUGGUAUUGGCUGUGGCUCAUUUCAGGCAGCCAAUCAAACAGCAGCAUCGGAGCGCGUCUCUCGGGUCCCGCGCAGAAGCGCCUUCCAAGCCCCGCCCCUACUCCGCUCUGAUUCGUCAGUCCAGCUGGAGCGGGUUGAGUGACAGCUCCAGCCACGAGUCGCUGACGAAGAGCAGCAGUCUGAGCAGCGUUCAGGCGUCAGGAGCCAAGGUGAAGCUGUUGAAGAAAGCAGAAGUGGAUCCCGCAGCGUCCCGUAAGCCCCCCUCCGGCCCGGCUCCGGCUCCGGCUGUGGUGCGGCGCAGUGACGUGUGCCUGUCCACCUUCCACAGAGACUGUGCGGAGAACACGGAUGAAGACUUCAGGUGUCAGCCGGCCGAGAGGGACAGCAGGUCAGCAGAAGUGAGGGAGACUCUGAACCGUAAGCCGGUGGACGAGAACUAUAACCACGUGUCGUGGUCUCCUCAGCGCGGGCUAGCGGUGCGACUCCAGCAGCUUCUGACGCCCUCCAGGAGCCGGUCGGUGCGGCGGGCCGCGAGUGUGGACGAGCGGCGGCCCCGAGGAGCCGGGAGCUCACACACACACACCGCUAGUGUGGACGAGCGACGGCCCGCGGGAAGCGGAGGCUCAAACCGCAAACACUCGCGCAAGAUCCAGAUCCCAGAGAGUCUGUUAAAGGCCAAAGAGAGGCUGUAUAACGCCACGUCUGAGAGCUCGCUGUCUGUCGGGAGUGACAUCGACAUGAUUGACAUCCAAACGCUGGCGGUUCCUCUCAGGAAGUCGUGGGAUUCUGCACAGGAAGGGGCGGGGAUUGAGGUGCUGAUGUCGAGCUGCUCGCUGUGCCGCAGCUGUAACUCUCUGGUGUACGAUGAGGAGAUCAUGGCCGGCUGGACGUCUGACGACUCGAAUCUCAACACCUCGUGCCCGUUCUGCUCCGCACCGUUCGUCCCGCUGCUGAACGCACAGAUCUGUGACCCGGGGCCCGUCUGCAGUGCGGAGCGCAGUCACCUGAGCGCGGAGGACGAGCUGCAGAACCUCAUGAGAGCCCCUGCUGGCCGGAGCGACACACACCUGUGCAACGGCCUCCGAGACACAGACUCCGCCUCCGAGACCAGCAGCCAAUCAGAGGGCAGCAGCAGCCAGGGGGGCGGGGCCCCGCAGGUGACGGUGGCGUACCUGAGCCCGCUCGUCCUGCGGAAGGAGAUGGAGAGUCUGCUGGAGAACGAGGGCGAGGCUGUUCUCUCUCAGGUCCAGUUCCUGGACAGCCACUCCAUCCUCUUCUGGAACCUGGUGUGGUACUUCAUGAGGCUCGGCCUUCCCAGCAACCUGACCCAGCUGAUCACUCGACACACACAGGGGUCAGAGGGCGUGUCGGUGCGGGUCAGGCUGAUGUGGGACACUUUGACCCCUGAUAUGGAGCAAUGGCCGCCGCUCUACAUGCUCUGGAGGAUCCACAGUGGCGUCCCGAUGCGCGGCUACAACUGGCGGCAUCACAACCAUCCCUUCAGCCUCGGGUUCCUGGAGGAAGUGCUUCGGUGGGUCGGCAUGAACGAGGUGCACAAGGCCAUCACACUCUUCCUGGAGACGGUUGCUAAGCAACCCGGCCCGCCCCGGUUACAGAGGAGUCUGUACAGAGAGAUGCUCUUCCUCACACUGGCUGCCAUGGGCAAAGAUCACGUCGCUGCGUUCGAUAAGCGCUACAAGGCGGCGUACGUGCGCUUGAGUGGAUCUGUGGGUCGAGAGGAGCUGCGGAAGAAGAGAGUUCAGCCGCCCAGUGCUAAAGCUGUGGACUGUAGACGCUGCUUUCUGCUGCCGCUGGAGUGCUGAAACACUCACACACACUCACACACACUCUCACACACAUGCUCACACUGCAACACACAAACUCC